AAAGUCAUUCUUGUAGUAGCACCCACAACAAAAUUGACCACUCUUGCAAGGCUCUUCGCCUAGUCUUGCUAUUGUCACUGACACUGGGCCUUGUCUCACCAAUGUGGUCAUUGUGGACGAACGUUGGCUGUAAAACUCUCCUCCGUGCUCUGCACAAAAGAAGCAAGCUCUUUAGAAAGUUGUGACUUACAUACUUGUGCGUGUGACAUUUUGUUUGAAAUUGGUUGAAAUUUCGAAAUUGCAAUUGGAAGACAUCUCUGUUUAGUCGUAUCGAGUGUCCACAGCUAGCUGUCGCACAUAACAUCCGAAAAGACAUGGUGUGACUGGAUAUUUUUUCAGAUUGUCUCCAAUCAGCUAAGAGAAUCACGAUGGGGAACGGCACCAGCUCGAACGCAGAACAUCCCGUGGAUGGGACAACAUCAGAUCGACUGUUUGGACUGUACAAUUUCGGCAACACGUGCUACUGCAACUCGAUCAUCCAGGCGCUCUACUUCUGUCGACCGUUUCGGGAACGUGUGCUGGCGUACAAGCCACCGAGCCGUGCGGAUACAUUGCUGACAUGCCUGGCGGAAGUCUUUACGUGCAUUCACACCAACCGCCGAAAGAACAGUGUGGUGACGCCGAAGAAAUUCAUUGCCAAGCUCAGAAAAGAAAAUGUGCAAUUUGAGAGUUAUACACAGCAAGAUGCACAGGAGUUGUUCAACUACUUGAUCAAUACCUUUGCGGAUCUACUUGAAGGAGAGAAGAAAGCUCGCCUAGAAGAGGACCCAAGCUGUGGUGCAGGCUCCGAAGUCAACUGGGUGCAUGAGAUCUUUCAAGGUACCCUUACCAACGAGACGAAGUGCAUGACUUGUGAAAUGGUCAAGUACAAGGACGAGUCUUUUCUUGACUUGUCCGUGGACAUCUUGGAUAACACUAGUAUUUCGGCGUGUCUGCGUGGGUUUUCACUGACGGAGACGCUUAGCUCAGAGUAUAAGUACUAUUGUGACACCUGUCGGAGCAAGCAGGAAGCCCAGAAAAGGAUGUUAAUCAAAAAGCUGCCACCUGUGCUAGUGCUGCAUCUCAAGCGGUUCAAGUACCAUGAGCAGCUGGGGCGCUUCACCAAGCUCAACUAUCGUGUGGCGUUCCCGUGUGAACUUCGGGUGUUCAAUACGGCACAUGAUGCUGAGCAAGCGGAAAGACUCUAUCAGCUCAUGGCGGUCGUCAUCCACUGUGGAACUGGCCCCAACAGAGGUCACUACAUCACCGUUGCCCGAACCCAAGGCAACACAUGGUACUUGUUCGACGAUGACGUCGUUGAUCAUAUUGAUGCGAGGAGCUUAGAGUUGUUUUUUGGCAGUGUGGCCGACACCAAACGACAGGAAUCCGGUUAUAUUCUCUUCUAUGAGGCAGUGGCGGAGUGAGUGAGGCCACGGUCGUUCAGGCUGCCUGCCUUGCCGUGUCGAGUUCUGAAAUUGCACAGUCUUCGCCGCAUUGUGUCUUCCUUCUGGACGUCACAGCCAGCCAGCCUUGGUCGCGUGCUGUCCUAGUGCUGUAUCUCGUGCUGCUCUGGCCGUACCCGGCGUCCGUUAUUGAUUAGUGAGUGACGAUGCAUGGCAGUUAAAUGGCUGUCUGGUGGGCAGGUUGGUGGCACUGUGUCUGUACUGCAUGACGCCCCCGUCAUGCUCAUCCGCUGCUCGUAUUCGGCAGCAGCGGCAUCAGCAGCAGCUCGGAAAUUCUGCAUGGUAGCGCAUGGAAUGAGUUCAAGCGAGCCCACGCAGUUCUGCCUCCCCGCUGGACAUGCGCCGCUUCAGCAAUGCCGUGCGUACCAGCACUUUAGAUGGCAUCAUGUAUUUGUCAGUAGGAGCCGUCGCGAGCCUUUCCCUUACCCCCUGCAUGUUACCGCCGGCAUGUGUGUUUGUGUGACUGGCUCUGGCCUUGCCCAGUUUCGUCAUCAGAGCGUGUUGUGCUGCACACCACAGGCACGGGCACUGGCCAGGGACUAUACCCGAUCUAUGCACCUACACGCCGAAUAUUUUCCGACCCGUUUUGAAUUCACGAAACCUAACCGAUUCCCGUCCUGCAAAAAAACCGACUGGCCGUAGCUCUUUCACUUGACACACGUAAUUCCCCGCGUUGCCUUUCUGUUACUACAAUGUACAACAGUGUGUAUCUAGAGAGCCUGGCUGCCACAUGCCACUAUUGACUUUAUCUUUGAUUUGGAUACGGAGAACUAACGUUAUUGUUGGUGUUCCCUUUGUUCUCUUUGUUUACUGGUCUCUCUGUCCCUCCUCCUUUGUUGCGCCUUUCUCGUUUCCCUCUUUUGUUGUUUCUUGUUCUACUGUCCUGUCCUGCAAGCUUAUUCUUGCGUCCAUCUUUAUUUUUAGCCCAUUUUAGUGUUAGGCUGGUUUUAAAUUUUGUCUCCGGCUUCUUGUUUUGGACAGAACUUUAGCUGGAUGUAGUCAUGUAGUGACUGCUGCGAAUCACUUUGGAAAUCUGGAAUUGGAAAGAAGCAGCUCUUUCCUGCCCAAUCA